AUGCAUUUCAUUGCUGGUCUACAUUCAGGAGUCCUAUGGACAUGGGGAAUUGCGCUAGUAUGCGUACUUACCCUGGCGUUGCGUGUGUUGUACGUCCUGUUCCAGCGGAAACCGGCAACGGCACGAACAAAGCCAGCCAAGACUCUCAUAGUCCUGGGGUCAGGGGGCCACAGCGCGGAGAUGCUCAUGCUCUUGGACAAAAUGGAUAAGGCCCGGUACAGCCCGCGGAGCUACGUGGUGGCCGCCACAGACCGUAUGAGUGGGCCCAAGGCGCUAGCGAGGGAGCGGAUCUGGCAGAAUGAGGACUCGCCGACCGGCUUCAACAUCCACCAUAUUCCGCGCAGUCGCGAAGUGGGCCAGUCGUACGUCACCAGUGUGAUCACCACCCUGUACUCGCUGGUCUUCGCAUUUGUGCUCGUCCUCCGGGAGGUGCCCGACUUGGUCCUAGUCAACGGUCCGGGUACAUGCAUACCGAUAUGUGCAGCGGCGUUCGUGUACCGCGUUUUCGGUCUGAUGGGGACUCGGAUCGUGUACGUGGAGAGCAUAGCGAGGACCCGGCGCUUCUCCCUGUCCGCCAAGCUGCUGUAUCACCUGCGCAUGGCGGAUUUGGUCUUCGUACAGUGGGAGCAGCUGACCCGUACGUACCCGCGGGCCUUGUAUGCCGGGCGGCUGUACUAG